CUCCUGAACGUUUCCAUGGCGACCGAGGCGGGCUCUGCGGAGGCCCUCGGCGUUGUCAUGGAGACCGGCGCAUGGUCGGCGCUGGAGCUUCAGUACCACGGACAGCGGCGCCUGACUAACCCUGCUGCCGCCGCUGCCAGGUGGGAUCCUCGCAAGCACUACCUGCUCAUCAUUAUCGGUGACAUAGCCACUGAGAGGCAGCUGCAGGCUGUGAGGGAUCACCUGGAGCACGGUAUUCGCUCUUGGAAUAUCAACCUUGAUUCCUGUAAUCUAGAUGAGCAACUGAAGCUAUUUGUGACAAGACAUCUGGCUCACUUUUCUCCAAAUGUCAAAGGCCAAAGAACUUUGCAGCAUCAGAGUGAUGUUCUAGAGACUGUGAUCUUGGUGAAUCCCAACGCAGACAGCAUUGUUUAUGAGGUACGUUCCUUGAUCACAGAUCCUUCUGCAUACAAGCUCCUUAUUUUGAGUGGCCAGUGCUCUGACCAGGAAGGAGACUUAAUUCUGCAAAGUGGUACCUUUCCUCUACAAAGACUUGGAGAAGUGUUCAACGAUCCAGAGGUUUGCCAGCUCUUCAGUAAUACUGAUCCAGAGAUUAAAGCCUCUUUAACAGUUUCCUGCUUGGAAGAAGGAGAUUGGUGCAACCUUGGACAUUCAACUUUCCAGGAUAUCAUAAAUUGGAAACUAAAUCCAGAGUUAGUUUUACCUGCAAUGGAUGGGGUUUCCGAGUUUGCAGACUAUGUCUCAGAGACUGUUGAUGUUCCUUCUCCUUUUGAUCUCUUGGAACCACCAAAUUCAGGUGGAUUUUUGAAGUUGUCAAAGCCAUGUUGUUACAUAUUUCCUGGAGGAAGGGGUGACUCUGCCCUUUUUGCUGUCAAUGGAUUUAAUAUCCUGGUAGAUGGUGGCUCAGAAAGAAAAUCCUGUUUCUGGAAGUUGGUUCGGCAUUUGGAUAGAAUUGAUUCCAUAUUGCUCACACAUAUUGGAGCUGAUAAUCUGCCUGGAAUAAAUGGACUUCUUCAAAGAAAGAUAGCUGAGCAAGAUGAAGAGCAAUCUCAGGGCUCCACUGCUUAUAGUGACUGGAUGAAAAACUUAAUAUCUCCGGAACUGGGGGUUGUGUUUUUUAAUGUUCCAGAAAAACUGAAAAUCCCUGAGUCUAGUAUGAAGGUCAAAAGAAGUAUCGAAGAAGCUUGUCUGACACUACAGUACUUAAAUAAACUAGGAAUUAAAUCUGAACCUUUAUAUAGGGUAGUUAGUAACACAAUAGAGCCCAUAACAUUGUUUCAUAAAAUGGGCGUUGGUAGGUUGGAUAUGUAUGUCCUGAACCCCGUAAAAGACAGCAAAGAAAUGCAGUUUUUGAUGCAAAAAUGGGCUGGUAAUAGCAAAGCAAAAACUGGUAUUAUUCUACCAAAUGGAAAAGAGGGUGAAAUUUCAGUUCCAUAUCUUACAUCUAUCACUGCCCUUGUUGUUUGGCUUCCUGCUAGCCCAACAGAAAAAAUUGUGCGUGUUUUGUUUCCUGGAAAUGCUCCACAAAAUAAGAUUUUAGAAGGUCUAGAAAAGCUGAAACAUUUAGAUUUCCUGAGAUAUCCAGUAGCAACACAAAAAGAUAUAGCCAGUGGUGGGCCACCAACUACUGGUAAGCACACAAAAAUAAAACAAAGGGCUGAUAGCAAGGAAAGUCUCAAGUCCUCUACACGAGCAAGCACAGGUAAGCCAGGCAAAAAAGAAGACAUUUCUGAAGAAACAGCUAAAGAUCUUAAACCAGAGAUUACAAAAGAGACAAAACCUGAGAGAAAAAUCAAGGAAGCAACAGACAAACAUAUCGAAAAACCUUUAAAAGCUGAUAAGGUAAAAACUGAAGCAAUUGAUUCUGCAAAAUUAGAAAAGAGGAAACUAUUGAAAGAGAAGACAGGCAAAAAAUUUAUCAAGGAUAAAAUUUCCAAACUUGAUGAAAAGAAGGAUAAAGAAAAGAAAGAAAUAAAGAAAGAAAAGAUAGAUCUAAAGAAAGAAAAUAAGAAGGAAGAAAAGAAAGAUGUAAAAAAAGAAGAGAAGAAAAAGGAAGUUAAACCUGAAGCUAAGAAACUACUAAAACCUGAUUUGCGACCAUUUACACCUGAAGUGAGAAAAACACUGCACAAAGCCAAAGUUCCAGGAAAAAUCCGAACUGAAAAAGUUAAAAGCAAACUUGAAAAAGAUAACACAGCUGAAAAAGUAAGCCAGGUACAACAAGUGGAAAAGUUACCAGCAAUGGCUGAUAUGGCAGAACAAAGAUCUGUGAUGUCAUCUCCUGAGGAUCUAACCAAAGACUUUGAGGAGUUGAAGUAUGAAGGCAACGUAGAACAAUCCCAUAAAAAGGAAGAUGACAUUAAUCUUGCAGAACAAGAAACUAUUGAAAAUAGACCAUCAGAUAUGUUAAUGAUUCAAAACCAGAUGAAAGAUGAAAUCAUGUUAGAUGAAAUAACAUCAGAUAAGAAAAGUCCUCUUGAAUCCCCAGAUGAAGGUAUCAUGACCACAGAUGUGGAGGGAGACUCACAGCAUGAAGAGAAACCAAUGUAUGAAAUGGAUGAGAACGCUGAAAUGGUUGAUGAAGGUGCAGCAAUGGAGGAACCUGCUGAGAUGGCAGAAUAUGAGGAAGAGAUGAAUACAGAAGAAGAAACUACCCCCAAUGCUGACAAAGAGAAAGUAUGUAGCAGAAACAAGUUUGCAUCAAUGCCAACCUUAGACAUUCAAGACUUAGAGAUAGAUGAAGAUAAAGAAAAUGAAUUGGAGGAAAAGGGAAUAUUAGAUAGAAAACAAAAAGAAGAAAUAGUUUUGCAAAGUGAAGAUGACCAUAUCUGUAGUAAAGCAGAAGAUGACAAAGAAGCUGAGAAAAAUAUAGAUGUGGUGGAAAAAGCAGAUGUAGAAGAAAUGGAAGAAUAUUCAGAAGAACCUACAGAUGAUCUGAAGUAUAAGGACAGUGAAUACACAGAAAAUUUUCAUGAACAGCAAGAAAACGUGUCCUGUGAUUUUACAAUGUCAUUGCAAAAAGAGACUGAUUCAACAAUAAACGUAUGUGGCAAAGAUGUAUCAAAGGAGCCCUCAUACUUAACAGGUGCCCCCAUAUCAUCAGGGACUGCUGCAGAACACAUAUCAUACAUCCAAGAUGAAACAAUGCCAGGUUAUUCAGAGACAGAACAAACUAUUUCUGAUGAGGAAAUACAUGAUGAACAGGAAGAAAGAAUACCUCAUUUACAGUACGAUGUAGGGAGUUAUGAUAUUUCUGUCCCAGACCAUCCCGGAUCAUUUGAAGCAAUACACGGCAUCAAGGCAAUUUCAUCUUCUGAGGUGGCGACAAAAGGUUAUGCUAUGCAAGAGUCUAUAAUAGUUGGUUACUCUACAAAUAUUGUUGCUGCUCCUCUUGCAGAAGAGGAACAUGUUUCCUCUGCAACUUCUAUAACUGAAUGUGACAAACUAUCUUCUUUUGCCACAUCUGUUGCAGAAGAUCAAUCUGUGGCUUCUAUUACUGCACCAAAAACUGAAGAGACUGGAAAAAGUUCACUUUUGCUUGAUACCGGAAACAGUAUUCCAUCUUCUCACACUGAGGCCACCCAGGGCAUAGAAUACUUGCCAUCUGCUGGCACAAUAUCACCUACUUCCUCUUUAGAAGAAGAUAAAUGCUUUAAAUCCCCUCCACCUGAAGAUUUCCAGUCUCUGAUGGUUGCUGGAAAAGACCAUCUAAGUGGCUCAACGCAUGAUGAAGAACUUGAUGAUGGGAUAACAAAUGAGGCACCUGGUAAAAAAUAUUAUAGUCCUCUUUUGUUUUCUGAACACGAGUGUAGUGAUGUGCAUUAUGGUUACAGUACAGAUAUGAAUAGAUCUCCAGUUAUUUCUGGUAGUGAAGUGCACAAAGUGGAUUCAAACUUCGGAGAAAGUGAGGAAAGAUGCUUAAGUCCUGAUGACAGCACUGUAAAAAUGGCAUCUCCAACUCAAUCAGGCCCUACAAGCACAGGACACACACCUUCUCACCAAUCUCCUGUAGAAGACAGAUUUGAGACUACUCAAGCCGAACUCUUUGAAGCAGCAGAUAUACUCAACCAUGAAAGAAAAGAUGAAUUACACGUAUCAUAUGAGUCACCUGUAAGUAGUAGAGAACACCUAGAUGAACCAAUCACACAAGAUAAGCUUUUUGGCACAUCAGUGCAGAGUUCUGAAGAGGAAAGCUUGGUAAAUGCAGGGGAAGCCUACACUCAUGACCUAGAUAGUGUAGAUUUUGUUAAAGAAUUAUCAGCACCAGUGACCAAAGAAAUAAUAGAAGCUAAGGAAGAAAGAAUUCCCGACAAAAAUAUUGACAAUGAUGAGAGAUUUAUGGGCAGUGAAAAGUGUGAUUUCUCCAAAGAUGCAGCUUUUUCAAUGAGUUUGGAGCCAUAUAUGCAACUUGAAGAUUUAGUUUCAUCCAAGGAAGUCUCACAUGAAGAUUUAUUAUCUACCCAUAAAGAAACAGGUGCAGAUACACUGCAGUCAGCAUUACCCAAACAAUUGUCAGAAGCUUACGGUGAUUAUUCUGGAAUCAUGGAGCAGAGUCCUGUAAAAGAUGAUACAUCAACUGAGAGCUCUAGCCAAGACAUUUUCCUAGGAGAUGCAAAGUCACUUUCUUUUACAGAACAAGGAAAGGAAGAUGAUACAUCUUUACAGAUGUCUUUGAUAGAACAAUGUCCAAUUGUAAAUGAAACUUAUCAAGGAAGUCCCACUAAGGAAACAUAUUUAGAUGAUGAAAGUCCUUUUCAGUUGAAAGAUCCGACUCAAAAGGGAGAAAUGAAAUGUUCAUCUAAUAAAACUGCUGAAAGUGUGGACACUUCGCUGUCCACGAAGGAAAGCUUAGGCGAGGAUCAAAAACAUCUGGAGGCAGGUGAUACUUAUUUUCAAGAUAAUACUCAGUCCUUCAUGACAACUGAAUCUAGAGAUGAUAAACAAACAUUUAUAGAAGUCCAUUCAGAAGAGUCAUCAGCAGCAAAGACACAUUCAUAUCACUCUGAUGGUCAAGUCCAACAAAAAGAAGAAAAAUCAUUUAUAAUUUCCUCCUCAAGCCCUGAUGACUCAGAGUCAUUUUCUUUUGCAGAUCACAGCCCUCUCAAAGGUGAUCGAGUUGAAGUAAUAACUACAGAUAAACAAGAAUCAUGUCCUUUCCAGGAGCAAUACAAGGAUUUCCAGCAUACUGAAUUGUCUCUUGGCUACGUGAAAGCAGCAGAAAGUCCAUUCGAAAAGAAAGAAACCUCCGACGAAUCUAAUAAAGAUACAUAUAAUGAUGAUUACAUUGAUCAUGAGAAAUCCUAUGAAACUGAAAGCAUUUAUAUGAAACAGAUGACCUGUGAAAAGAGAGUAUGGUUUCCAGAAGAAGGUUAUGCAGAACGUUAUGCAGCUGACAAGAAAGCAAUAGAAGACUUCAAGCUUCGGUAUACCGAAGAAGGAGAGAGCACAUUUCUUGAUGAAACACAUGAUUUGGAAGAACAGUCUCGAGAGCAAUCUUCUCUUAAUUUAGAUGUUGCAAACCAAGAAACAUUUAUUAAAUCAGAUAUAGAUACAUUAGAUACAGAGUAUGCACAUUUUCAAGAGGAAAAGCAUGGUCAAGAUUCAAUAAAUUUUUCAAAUCAAAGCAAAGUUCAACCUCAACAGUCCAUUUCACAACUAGAUGAUUCAUAUCAUUCUCAGGAUGUUAAUAUUUUAGACAGAUUUCCCUAUGUAACAACAACCUCCUCUGAUAAAUUUGCAAUGCAGCAAGAUGAAGAAAGUGUUCCCACAGUCUUCGAGAAGACCAAUGCAGAAUUGGUACAAGAGCAAUUACAACAUGUAGAAAAAGGUUUUGAAGAGCAUGAAUCAGAAGAAGAUGAGUAUCCAUAUUCACAGACUGCCCAUGACCUCCCAGUUUCUUCCUAUCAAAGUGAUUCCAUAGACAGAAAAUGUGACCUUCAACUUGGGGAAGAAAUGAUUAAUGUUUUUGAAAAAUGUGAACAUGCUGAAGUGAUUGAGCCAAUAAGAGCAGAGUAUAGCUUCCAGGAGGGUGAACAUCAAGAUGUACAAGAAAAAUCACCAAAGCAAACAUCUCCAGAUAGCUCUACAUAUCAUGAACAUGACAAACUGAUAUACAAAGACAAUGAUUAUUCUAAAGAAGAUAAAGAGCAAAAAUAUGUUGAGACCUCAUAUCCUAAAGACAACAUGAACUUUAGUUUUGGAGAAUAUAGAGAUGACCCUAAAGAAGAUAGUUUCUCCAAACGGGACAAAAAAGUUUCUCCAAGCCUGUUGGAUACUGGCUUAAACUCAUCUUGUAGUCCAUUUGAUUUAUAUUCACAAGAAACGGAAAUAUAUGGUAAAACAAAAAAAGGAAAUGUAGAAGAAAGAGAGCCAACACCUUAUCCAAAUGACAAGUCUUUCCAAUAUGCUGACAUAUAUGAACAGAUAGCUGCUUCUGGAGUUGAACAUAUCAUAGAAGAGGCAGAGCCCAGUAGUGCAAGUUAUCUAGAGAAGGAAGAAAUACCAACUUUAGGCAUAGACACAGCCAAACAUGCAUUAUAUGAUCAAAUAUCUUCAAAAGAAGAGGAAUCUCACUUGUAUACCUUAACUGAGAAGGAGCUUUCUUCACCAGCAUCUCCAAAAGAUAAAGGAAACAGUGCUGUUUUUCAAUAUACAGAAAGGCAGGAACAUUUCUUAUCAAGUUCCGAUAGCAGCAAAAAGACAAGUAGUUUAUCUGACGAAACUAAGCAAUUACAUGUGGAAGAACCAUAUAAAAACAAACAAACAGAAAAGGAGAGUAAUGUCUUUCCACGUGGCACAGAUUUCUCAUCAAAACCGGAUGCAAUGGAACAUGAACAUCAUGAAAAAUCUACCUAUCUUCAUGCACAUCACGAUGAUGAUGAGGAGGAGGAGGAUGAAGAUAACAUUAGUUCAGCGAGUCAGAAUAUUACCCAAGCUGAAGCACAACUUUCUGAAAUGAAAGACUCAUAUUAUGAGAAAACUGAAGUAUUAGAAGAAAAUGCAAGUGAUUAUGAACUAGAAAAAGGAGCAAAUGAAAAAUCUGAAAAGGAAACUAAAUUCCCUACAGACCUAGGUAGCCUACAUGAAACUUACACAUAUGAUCAAGAGAAGGAGGACAACUUAAUUUUACAGUCUAAUUUUGGGGUUCAACCAGAGGUAAAAGAGGUAGACAAUAAACAAUAUAAUAUCCACACUGAAACGAAAACUUCAGGGAUAAGUGGUACUCAGGGUAUUGACUCAACUUCAAGAACAGAGAAUAGUUUACAUGAAGAUAAGCAUGUAAAAGAAGAUACUGACUAUACAUAUUCUCCUUUCCUCUCAAAAAGUGAACCUACAAAAGAUACACAUGCAACUUUCCAAGCAGAAUAUGAACAAUUUCAAACCAGUAGUGAAUAUCAUAACAUAAAUCAGGUAUUGGAAAGUUCUCCCCUCAGUAGUAAGGAGAAACAAACUUUCUCUGGUUUGGCAGAACAAGAUUUUGCAGCCUCAGCAUAUUCUACUGAAGCCUAUUCUGUCAUGAAAAAGGAAAUUGGAGAAUCUUCUGAGACACACACUGUUCACCAGCAGCCAUUGUCCUUUGCAGAUUCUAAAGAAUUAGGAACAUAUGCUUUCAAUUUAUCACAUUCUGCAAAGGGUCAGGAUGAGUACUUAGAGGUCUCUGAAAGAGCUUCAGAAGUAAGUUCAUCUCUAACCAGAUUUUCACCCCUAAGUCCCCAGGAAGAUCCCCUAUAUUCUAAAAUUUCUGCCCAGCAGUGUACUGAGGCGGACUACCAAAAAUCUGACUCUCAGAGUGUGUCAGAAACAUCAUCUGAAGCUAGCACCCCAGUGAAAAAGGACACUGCUGAAGGGUUCUAUUCACAAAUGAUUACUAGUUAUGUAGCAGAAGCAGAACCAACUGUUAGGAAUUUAUGGGAUGUAUCACCUCUUGUUCCUGCUGAUGCUACCCAACCUUCAGAUGAAAAACAUGUUACCGAUGAUCAUCAAUCUACAUGUUCCUAUGACAUGGAUGAUUGCACAUUACCAUGUAGAGUUGAAUGUACAAAAACCUCUUGCACAUCAAAAGUUGAUACAGUAAAAGAAACCAUUACUGUACAUCAGGAUAUUAGACAGGGAGAAAGUGCAGAAGCCAUGUCUUCACCAUCGAAUGUUCUUACAUCAUUUCCACCCCAUCAACAAGAAGAAUCAUCAACAGCAAAUGGUCCAACAGAAAUAAACAAUAUGCCUGAGCUAUUUCAACACUCACAAUAUGUUACUGACAAACAGCUUUACUUUUCUGAUGUACAAGAUGAAAAGUCAUCUCCAGAUUCAGACAGAGAAUCUCCAUACUCUGAGGAAGAUGCAGAAAAACCUAAUCGGCCUUCUUCUCUCAUGUCUCCUGAGCACAUAUUUCAGCCUUAUUGUUCUGAUGCACAGAGAGGUAGAGGGUCUGAAGACCAUGGAGAUGCUUCCCAUGAAGUUGAGGCAUGUAUCGGUACAUCAAGUGAGUAUGAGCACAAAUUAUCUUCAUCAGAAUAUAUGCACAGGAAGGGGGAACUUUCUCCAUCUUUCAUCAAUCCUAGUCCCCUUGACCUCUCAGAUGACAGUGAUGUUUCACAAGAUGAAGGACAUCCUUCAGUUAAAGGAAGGACCCAUCACGUGAAAAACCGCUAUGUUGAAGGUGGCACAGUUGAUGAAACACCUCCAACAUCUGUCAGUGAUUCAGGAUCCUCUCAAUCAGACUCAGAUGUUCCACCUGAAACAGAAGAAUGCCCAUCUAUAACUGCUGAUGCUGCAAUGGAUUCUGAUGAAGAUGCAGACUUUCUUCCUGUAGAUAAAGCAAUGGGAAACUCUCAUCAUAGCAGUUCACGGCAAGGCCAUGAUCCACAUCCAGCACCAAUGAUGGAUCCUUAUCCUCAUCCCCCUCAUCCAGAUGUCUGCAUGGUAGAUCCUGAAAUGCUAAUUAAUGAAUUAAAGCCUAUAAAAGGUGACAAAGUACUUAAAAAAGAUUUGAAGGACAAAACUAAGGGUGUAAGAAAGCCUUUGAGUAAACCAAAAUCAACCUCUCCAGCUCGGAAACUAGAGCCUAAGGGAAAACAUUCUCCAACUCUAUCUAAACAGACAUCACGGGAGGCCACAGAAAAAUCUCUAAAAAAUGCAACAACAGAGAAGUCUCUGAAGACAAGAAGUACAUUGCAAAUGCAUUCAUCAAGAGAAGACAAAGAAGAUACGUUUAAAGGCAAACUGGUGAAUGGUAUCAAAUUAUCAGGAACAGGCAGCUCUAAAGCCAGUUCUACCAUUCCUCCUGGCCCACCAGUGUAUGUGGACUUGGCAUACAUCCCUAAUCAUUGCAACGGCAAAAAUACCGAUCUGGAGUUCUUUAAGAGAGUUCGAGCUGCAUAUUAUGUUGUUAGUGGAAACGACACAGCUAACGGGGAACCUAGUCGAGCUGUACUGGAUGCACUUUUGGAAGGAAAGUCCCAAUGGGGAGAAAAUUUGCAAGUGACAUUAAUCCCAACACAUGACACAGAAGUGACACGUGAAUGGUACCAACAGACCCACGAGAAACAGCAAGAACUUAAUAUAAUGGUGUUAGCUAGCAGCAGUACUGUAGUCAUGCAAGACGAAUCUUUUCCAGCAUGCAAAAUAGAGUUCUAAGCAUCAUAGCAGUCACUAACACGUCCAUGUGUUCUUUGUGUUUAGGUAUGUGUCGAGUCAAAGCCCAGUUCUCUUGUAGAUCUGGCUUGUACUUGUAAUGUCAGCUUUAUAGCCAGUUUUAAACCGGCUGGUUUUGGGGAAGAAUGAAUUAAGAAUAAUAUUUAUAGCAUUGAGUACAUACAUGAUUACAAGAUACAAGAUUUUUGAGUUUAUUUGGGGAAACUUCAUUAAAACAC